GCGUAAUCAGCAAAAACUGUUCUAUAAACCCAACUCGUGAAGACCAUAUGAAGCAAACAAAAUUAAAGCGUCUGCAUAUAUCUCCAGAAAACCUCCCUCCAUUAACGUGCGAUCGACCAGAGAAACAAAGUCCAUAAUGAACCCAAGAAUCAACCACCGUUUGAUCCUCUUCCCUCAUCCAUUCCAAGGCCACAUGAACUCGACGCUCCAACUGGGUCGGAUCCUCUACGCCCGAGGCUUCUCCAUCACCAUCGUCCACACCAACUUCAACGCUCCAGAUCCGACCUCCCACCCUCACUUCGCCUUCCGAUCCAUCGCCGACGGCAUCGACCAAUCGGAGGCCUCCACGUCAGACAUCCGUGGCCUCCUCGCGCUCCUCAACGUCCGGUGCGCAGUCCCCUUUGAGGAAUGCCUGCAGGAAAUGGUGUCAUCGCAGGGUGGUGAUGCGGCGCCCAUUGCGUGCUUGAUAUCGGAUUCGAUGUUCAGUUUUACGUGCGGUGUAGCCGAGAGGUUGAAGGUCCGCGCGUUGGUGUUGCGGACCGGCGGCGCAGCGUUUCUUUAUGUUGCCACUAUAUUUCCGGUUCUGAAGGAAAAAGGAUACGUCCCGGUGCUUGGUUCCCGCUCCGAAGAGGCAGUGAAGGAGUUUCCGCCCUUACUAGUUAAAGACAUCCCAGCAGUUGAUCCGCAGAAACCCGAGGUGAUGUUCCGAAUUUUGGAUAACCUGAUUGAGGUAAUCAAGAACUCUUUCGGUGUCAUCAUCAACACAUUCGAAGAGCUCGAACAUACUGAUCUCGCAUCGCUCCGGGAAGUUUUGUCGGUCCCGUUUUUCCCGAUCGGUCCAUCCCACAAAUGCUGCGUGACAUCUUCGUCGAGCAGCUUACUAGUAGAGGACAGAAGCUGCAUCUCCUGGCUAGAUGAACAGCCGCCCAAAUCCGUGAUCUACGUGAGCUUCGGGAGCCUUGCGGCCAUGAGCGAGGCAGAAAUCUUGGAGAUUGCACUGGGCCUAGCGGACUCCAAGCAGCCCUUCUUGUGGGUGGUCCGGCCCGAGUCGGUCCGCGAUCCGGAGUGGCCACAGAAGUCGCCAAGCUGCUUCCUCGAGGCACUGGAAGGGAGAGGGAAGAUGGUGAAAUGGGCACCUCAAAAGGAAGUGUUGGCUCAUCCUGCUGUGGGAGCAUUUUGGACCCACAGUGGUUGGAACUCCACUUUGGAAAGCAUAAGUGAAGGAGUGCCAAUGUUGUGCAUGCCUUGUUUUGCUGAUCAAGGAGUGAAUGCAAGGUAUGUGAGCGAUGUUUGGCGAAUUGGAGUGCACUUGAAUGGUGGGCUUGAGAGAGAGAACAUUGCAAGGGCCAUCAAGAGGCUGUUGGUGGAGAGAGAAGGAGAAGAAAUAAGAGAGAGGGCAUUGGUUUUGAAGGAGGAGGCCAGUGUUUGCGUCGGACAAGGCGGGUCUUCGUACCGAGCCUUGGAUGCUUUGGUCAGUCACAUAUUGUCUUUUAAAUAAUUAUAUGUUGUCCGAGCUUAAUCGCGGUGGCAUCGUAACUAGGUUAUUCCGUUUACGAUUGAAUAAUUAUCGUGUUGUUAGCAGAUUAAUACUUUCAAGCCAUUUAUGUCACUCUUAUUAAAUAAAUUAGCGUGCUACUCUUUUCAACA